AUUCCAGCAACGAUAACCAUGGGCUUGGCCGGUACAGUCAACGGAUGGACAAAGACUUCACUUGUCCACCUAACGACUGGAAGCGGCGACGUGCCGCUAAUGUUAACAGAGGACGAAUCUUCAUGGGUCGUUUCUUUGACAGUACUUGGUUCGAUGAUCGGUUCACUUCUGACUGUCCAGUUGGCCGAUCGCAGCGGUCGUAAAUACUGUCUCCUUGUAUGCAGCACAAUGUUCACCAUAGGCUGGUUCAUCAUCUACGAAGCAACAUCCGUGCCAAAGCUAUACCUUGCUGGUGUGACUCUCGGUAUAGGCGCUGGUAUUGCCCACACGAUAAAUCCCAUGUUCGUGUCAGAAAUCGCCGACAUCAAAUACAGAGGAUCUCUAGGUGCUCUAAUCGCAGCGAACGCAAAUUCCGGGACACUACUAAGCUACGCUCUAGCACUUUGGCUGACGUACAAGUCACAGGUGCUGCUUCUUGUAAUAACAUCCUUUGCAUCCCUCUUGCCAAUCUCGCGCUUCCCCGAAAGUCCGUAUUUCUUGAUGGCAAAAGGUCAAAAGGAGCAAGCACGUUUGUCGAUAGCAUACUACAAAGACAUCGAAGAUCCUCGCAAAGUGAAAAUCGAACAAGGUGCUCUACGAGAUCAAGUCGCAUACGAACUGCAGCAACAAUUCGGAGACGAAUUACAUCAACAAUCCGGGAGCGAUUUACACUCACAAUCAAGACGUGACUUACCCCCCCAAUCCAGAAGCGAUUUACCUUCACAAUCAAGACGCGAUUUACCCCCACAGUCCAGAAGCGAUUUACCUUCACAAUCCAGAAGCGAUUUACCCUCACAAUCAAGACGCGAAGCACACUCAGAUUCCUUUUGGAAAGUAGUAGACACAGAACCCAUGUCCUAUUUAAACUUACCAUCCAGUAGCGAUUCACUCCCACAAUCCACACCCGCAAUACACUCAGCAGUCAUAUACGAAGCGAAAUACACCGACCAUCCACAAGCGAAAAUCACUCAAAAUCCACAAGCGAAUUACACCAACCAUCCACAAGUGAAAUACACCGUACAUCCACAAGCGAAAAACACUCAAAAUCUACAAGCGAAUUACAACGACCAUCCACAAGCGAAAUACACCGAUCAUCCACAAACCAAAUACACCGACAAUCCACAUGCGAAAUACACCGACCAUCCACAAGCCAAAUACACCGACAAUCCGCAUGCGAAAUACAAGGAGCAUCCUCAAGCCAAAUACACCGACCAACCACAAGCCAAAUACACCGACCAUCCACAUGCGAAAUACAAGGAGCAUCCACAAGCCAAAUACACCGACCAUCCACAAGCCAAAUACACCGACAAUCCACAUGCGAAAUACAAGGACCAUCCUCAAGCCAAAUACACCGACCAUCCACAAGCCAAAUACACCGCCAAUCCACAUGCGAAAUACAAGGAGCAUUCACAAGCCAAAUACACCUACCACCCACAAGCCAAAUACACCGACAAUCCACAUGCGAAAUACAAGGACCAUCCUCAAGCCAAAUACACCGACCAUCCACAAUCCAAAUACACCGACAAUCCACAAGCGAAAAACACCCACUAUCCGCAAACGAAAUACACCGAUCAUCCACAAGCGAAAAAUACCCAUUAUCCGCAAGCGAAAUACAAGGACCAUCCACAAGCCAAAUACACCGACCAACCACAAGCCAAAUACACCGACAAUCCACAUGCGAAAUACAAGGAGCAUCCACAAGGGAAAUAUGCCGGCCACCCACGAGUCAAAUACACCGACAAUCCACAAGCGAAAAACAUCCAUUAUCCGCAAGCGAAAUACACCGAUCAUCCACAAGCGGAAAAUACCGAUUAUCCGCAAGCGAAAUACAAGGACCAUCCACAAGCCAAAUACACCGACCAACCACAAGCCAAAUACACCAACAAUCCGCAUGCGAAAUACAACCAAAUACACCGACAAUCCACAUGCGAAAUACAAGGACCAUCCACAAGCCAAAUACACCGACCAUCCACAAGCCAAAUACACCGACCACCUACAAGCCAAAUACACCGACAAUCCACAUGCGAAAUACAAGGAGCAUCCACAAGCGAAAUACGCCGGCCACCCACAAGCCAAAUAUACCGACCAUCCACAAGCCAAAUACACCGACCAUCCACAAGCCAAAUACACCGACAAUCCACAUGCGAAAUACAAGGACCAUCCACAAGCGAAAUACACCGAUCAUCCACAAGCGAAAUACACCGACCAUCCACAAGCGCAAAACACAGACCAUCCACAAGCGAAAUACACCGGCCAUUCACAAGUCAAAUACACCGACAAUCCACAUGCGAAAUACAAGGACCAUCGACAAGCCAAAUACACCGACCACCCACAAGCCAAAUACACCGGCAAUCCACAUGCGAAAUACAAGGACCAUCCACAAGCGAAAUAUACCGACCAUCCACAAGUCAAAUACACCAACAAUCCACAUGCGAAAUACAAGGACCAUCCACAAGCCAAAUACACCGAUCACCCACAAGCCAAAUACACCGAUCACCCACAAGCCAAAUACACCGAUCACCCACAAGCCAAAUACACCGACAAUCCACAUGCGAAAUACAAGGACCACCCACAAGCCAAAUACACCGACCACCCACAAGCGAAAUUCACCGACCACCCACAAAUGAAAUACUCCGACCAUCCAGAAGCGAAAUACACGGAUUAUCCGCAAGCGAAAUACACCGACCAUCCACAAGCGAAAUAUACCGAUUAUCAGCAAGCGAAAUACGAGGACCAUCCACCAGCCAAAUACUCCCACAAACGAGAAGUGAAUUACACUCACAAACCAGAAGCGAUUUUCGCACACAAUCCAACGUGGAUUCACGAGCAUCAACGGACAUACCUGAGACAUACAUUGGUGUGACUAAAUAUACCUGUUUAACCAAGCUGCGAGCAUUACUACAACGAAGCAACAGGAAUGCUCUGUUUAUCAUGCUUGGCUUGAUCAUGGCACAACAACUUAGCGGAAACUCUACCUUUACGCGGUACCUGGAAGAAUUGAUCAGCAGAGAAAAGGCCUCUAUCGAUCUGCACGAAGCGAGGAUUUUGGUCCAGGCUAUCCACUGUGUAUGUGGCUAUUCAAUGACGGUAAUAGUUGCAUAUAUUGGAAGAAGAACACUUUUGUUUCUGUCUACGAUUGGGUCAUGUAUAUCAUUGCUUCUUCUAGCAGGUUAUCAUUUCUUAGAUGUACAUAAGUUUGUCGACCCCACCACCUCUACUCUUCCCGUUUACUUCUUAAAUUGGUAUCAACUAUCGUUUCAUGUUGGUUUAGGAGUGUUACCCAAUGUUCUCCUAUGCGAAUUAUUUCCUGCGGAACUAAAAGGCAUUAUUGGUGCCAUCGUUGUGAUUUUCAAUGGUUUAAUUGGUUUUAUCGCGUCGAAACUGUAUCAAGUGAUUACCGAUAAUGUAGAAUGGUAUGCGAUAUCCUUUAGCUUCGCGACAUCAUGCUGGGUGGCAUUUGUGAUGGUGCUCAUAUGGGUACCGGAAACGAAAGGAAAAACACAUAGCGAGAUUAAAGCGCUUUUAGUUGGUGAAAAUUGGAAUUGUUUGAAUGAAGAAGUUAGCACUGAUGAAAUGGAUAGUCGUGAAAUAUGACAAGAGAAAUUGCACUGUACAUUCAUGGCACGGUGUCUCCAUACUCGGAAUAUUUUAUUUCUCAUUUUUAUUAGUAUAACGAUAAAGAUCUACAAUUUUAUCACGAUAUGCAAUUUUUGUAGUAACGUAGUUUUAUUUGCUUGUACAUGUAAUUUUAGAAUUGUGUCUAACAAAGUUAGUGGUCAUUUACAAACAUAUGUAUUGCAUAAAUUGACUUGCAUUGAACUCAGAGGAAUACAUGUUCUCGAACUAAACUUUUUAUCCAUUUCAUAACACGAACAAUGUAACAAUACCAAUUAACUGGAGAUAAUUGAACAAAAGUUAGCAAAAGUAAGAAAAGUAAUAUAUUAAAAAAGGACAAGGUGACAUAAUACUGAUAAGAACAAUUUUUUAUAUCUCAGCUGUUAUCUAUGUUGUUAUUUUUUGUUUGCAAUAUAUAAUUUGCAGCAUACAAUUGUAUGCUGAAAAAUCAGUAUUUAUGCUAAAAAUAAUGUAAUAUAAUUAAAAUAACGAAUUCCUAAUAAGUACUUAUAUUACAUUGUGUUUGUCGCUGAUAAGGAUAUGUGUAUACAGAUAUAAAUAUAUAUGUGUAAGACAUAGUCUUUUCAGCGUUAUAUUAUGGUUAUUACUGAAAAAUAUUUGAAUACGUUAGUUCGAAUAUCACAGUAAUUACUGUAUCAUAACACAGUGAUAAAUACCUAGCCUUGUCUGGCAGAAAUUCUAACGAGCUGCUGAAUGUUAUUUUAGGUAAAUUACGGCUAUAAUAAUAGUGUUCACUUCAGAAAUUUAUAAUAUUUCCUAUAAUAAUUUACGCGAAAAAUUAAAUAUCGACAAUUUUAUAAAGUUUUGUCUAUCAACAAUUAUGUAUUUAUUGUAUAUCUUUUAAACAAAUAUCUUCCUUAUUAAAAAGCUACAAGAAACAUGGAAACAUUAUUAUCUAUAUAUAAAAUCACAAACAAGAUAUUGAAUGUUCUACAUUAUUUCAGUUAUAUUAUAGACGAAUUUAUUACAGACACCCCUAGUGGAAAUUAAUUAUAGGAGUCCGAAUGAAGAUGAGUCAACUGUAAUACCAAAUACUGCUAAAAUCCUAGCCCAACAUCAUGGUAAAUCGGUUACGUCGAGAACGAUAUUAAAAUGGUAAGAAAACCACCGAGAUCACUGGGUAAAGUACUCUGAAUAGCAACUUUCUCUUCUACGAUAACAUCACCCCUUCUUUUUCCCAAAAUAUUUAUCAUUUUGUAUAAAAGAAUUCGGACAAAUUCUUUCUUGCCAUUUAUUUGCAAAAUAUUAGUUCUUUGAUCGUUAUGGAAAACAAA